GAGAGAGGAAGGGGAAAAAGGAGUGGACUGCAUAAAAGUAGUUCUGGAGAACAAAGACUUUUGAUGCACUCUCUCUCUCUCUCCAAGGGGGAAAGUUUAGAGACACAUAAAAGCUAAAAAUAUUUUUAUUGAAAUUUAACUUAUAGAGAAUGAAGCAUCAACUGCGCACUAUUUGACUCAUAACCACCAAAGUUCUAUAUCCGUAGUCUAAGGGGGUCUGGUUGAACGCUGUGGAAGUUUGGAGCUGGAGUCAUACAAACACUCUACUGGUUGAGGAUAUCCUGUAAGGACUCAAGUAUCUCACUGUUCGGAGGAGGAAUUGGAUGGAAGUGAAACAGUGAUCAGUUGGUUUCACACAACGUCUACUAGGAGUUCCUUACUACUGAAUUAUCUGAAGAAGAAAAACAUUCUGGGCGACUUUGGAACAUUGCAACUGCAAGGCUUCACAGGACUUUAGCUUUACUCAAGUGGACGAGGCUGUUCUGCUGAUUUAGUUGUACUCGAGUGGAUGAGGCAGUUCUGCUGAUUUAGUUGUACUCAAGUGGAUGAAGCAGUUCUGCUGAUUUAGAUGUACUCAAGUGGAUGAAGCAGUUCUACUGAUUUAGUUGUACUCAAGUGGAUGAGGCUGUUCUACUGAUUUAGUUGUACUCAAGUGGACGAGGCAGUUCUACUGAUUUAGUUGUACUCAAGUGGAUGAGGCUGUUCUACUGAUUUAGUUGUACUCAAGUGGACGAGGCAGUUCUACUGAUUUAGAUGUACUCAAGUGGAUGAGGCAGUUCUACUGAUUUAGUUGUACUCAAGUGGUUGAAGCAGUUCUGCUGAUUUAGUUGUACUCGAGUGGAUGAAGCAGUUCUGCUGAUUUAGUUGUACUCAAGUGGAUGAGGCAGUUCUACUGAUUUAGUUGUACUCAAGUGGAUGAGGCAGUUCUGCUGAUUUAGUUGUACUCAAGUGGAUGAGGCAGUUCUGCUGAUUUAGUUGUACUCAAGUGGAUGAGGCUGUUCUGCUGAUUUAGUUGUACUCAAGUGGACGAGGCAGUUCUACUGAUUUAGUUGUACUCAAGUGGAUGAAGCAGUUCUGCUGAUUUAGUUGUACUCAAGUGGAUGAGGCUGUUCUGCUGAUUUAGUUGUACUCAAGUGGAUGAGGCAGUUCUACUGAUUUAGUUGUACUCAAGUGGUUGAAGCAGUUCUGCUGAUUUAGUUGUACUCAAGUGGAUGAGGCAGUUCUACUGAUUUAGUUGUACUCAAGUGGAUGAGGCUGUUCUGCUGAUUUAGUUGUACUCAAGUGGAUGAGGCAGUUCUGCUGAUUUAGUUGUACUCAAGUGGAUGAGGCUGUUCUGCUGAUUUAUUUGUACUCAAGUGGUUGAAGCAGUUCUGCUGAUUUAGUUGUACUCAAGUGGAUGAGGCAGUUCUACUGAUUUAGUUGUACUCGAGUGGAUGAGACUGUUCUGCUGAUUUAGUUGUACUCAAGUGGAUGAGGCAGUUCUACUGAUUUAGUUGUACUCAAGUGGUUGAAGCAGUUCUGCUGAUUUAGUUGUACUCAAGUGGAUGAGGCAGUUCUACUGAUUUAGUUGUACUCAAGUGGAUGAGGCUGUUCUGCUGAUUUAGUUGUACUCAAGUGGAUGAGGCAGUUCUGCUGAUUUAGUUGUACUCAAGUGGAUGAGACUGUUCUGCUGAUUUAGUUGUACUCAAGUGGAUGAGGCUGUUCUGCUGAUUUAGUUGUACUCAAGUGGAUGAGGCUGUUCUGCUGAUUUAGUUGUACUCAAGUGGAUGAGGCAGUUCUGCUGAUUUAGUUGUACUCAAGUGGAUGAGGCAGUUCUGCUGAUUUAGUUGUACUCAAGUGGAUGAGGCUGUUCUGCUGAUUUAGUUGUACUCAAGUGGAUGAGGCAGUUCUGCUGAUUUAGUUGUACUCAAGUGGAUGAGUCUGUUCUGCUGAUUUAGUUGUACUCAAGUGGAUGAGUCUGUUCUGCUGAUUUAGUUGUACUCAAGUGGAUGAGGCAGUUCUGCUGAUUUAGUUGUACUCAAGUGGAUGAGGCAGUUCUGCUGAUUUAGUUGUACUCAAGUGGAUGAAGCAGUUCUGCUGAUUGCCGUAUAUCUUUGUUUGGAGUAUGGUUUUGGAUUAUGCUCUUUUGGAUUUAAAUUUUUGGGGACGUGAAUAAUGUAUAAAUCAACAAUCGAAAUGCUGAAAUGUAACAAGGUUUUUUUAACACUUUGUGUGGCAUCAGGGAUUCUCUUGUGUGUCACCGCCGUCGCCGAGGACCAGAAAUGCAGCAUAAACGUGACCGAGGCCGACAGCAGUCUGGAAUCUAUAACACUGAGACUGACUACGGAGGGACAGCAGUGUCACUUCACUGUGUUAUCUGUGGACAGUAGCUCUGUCGUCACACACUGUGUGGAGGAACUGGAGGAGAACAAUACAUUUCAAUGCCAGGUAGUGAGUUUACAACCCGGAACAUCAUACACCCUGCAAAUCAUGUCGACCACCGAUGGACAACGGGCCAAUGUCACCCUGCAGACCAGUCCAUCGACAGUCAGUGGCCUACAGGUGUCUGGGACAUCAGACAGCCUGGGAGUUUCCUGGCAGCCUGGCCCAGGGAGGACUGAGCGCUUCAGGCUACUGCUCACCGACCGAGUGGGUGUGGUGAGGAACCUGACUCUGGAGAGCACCGCUAAAGACUACACUGUCACCGACCUGGUGCCAGGGCGCGUGUAUAACAUCACCAUGGUGACGGAGGCAGGGGGACGCCAGAGUACCACCUCAAGACAAAUACAGACGGUGCCCUAUGCCGUCCCCAACCUGAAGCUCGAGAACAAUAACACCCAGGACAGUUUGAGAGCAUCAUGGAGUCAACCCCAGGGUGAUGUGGACUCUAUAGUGGUGACCCUGUCCUCGUCUGGAACCACCCCUCUGGAGAAGACCCUGUCAUCUGACACCACAAAGGCCCACUUCCACCAGCUGACACCCGGACGGACCUAUCAGGUGUCUGUUGCCACCAAGAGCGGAGAGCUCUCCAGCCAAUCAACUGCCUCGGCUAACACAGUCCCAGGUAAAGUGUCCCAGCUCUCUAUGGAGGCGCUGGAUGACUCCAACUCUCUGAAGGUGAUGUGGGCUCCCCCUGGUGGAGACUGGGAUAAGUACAGGGUGCUGCUGUUAAAUGGGACCCAGACUCUGGAUAACAGGACCGUGGAGAAAGGGGUGGUGGAGUACACCUUCUCUGGCCUGGGACUGGUUCCUGGGAGGACCUACAGGGCUGGGGUCAUGGUGGAAAGCACCGGGGAGCAAGGCACUGUGGAGUACUGCCACAGAGGGAUAGCUCCUAAGCCCGUCUCAGAGCUUCAUAUCCGCCAUGCUGACGAGACCUCCCUCAGCGCCCUGUGGAGUCACGCCCCCAACUCAGCCAGGGACGGCUACGCCGUGGAGCUCCGCCAUGACAAUGCCACGGUUGCCACUAGAGACCUGACCCGUGACAUGAGGGAGUGCACCUUCAACGUGCUCAUGCCAGGACGCGUGUUCACCAUCACCGUGACAACCAAGAGCGGGGAGCUCAACAGCUCUGUGUCUGUGCUCGGGAGGACAGUACCUCUGGAGGUGAGGCGUGUCCACCUGAGCAACCAGGGCCACGUGGACAGUUUACAGGCCAGCUGGGAACGCCCCCCUGGAGAUCUGGACUUCUGCAGCCUGCAGCUCCUCCACAACAACCGGGCUGUGCAGAACCACACCGUCCCAGCCAACUCCACCUCUCUGCAGCUCAGAGACCUCAGGCCUGGCGCCUCCUACAGGCUGGUGGUCAGUACUGUCAGUGGUGGGAUGGUGUCGAAGCAGGCCGUGGCUGAGGGACGCACUGUACCUGCUGCGGUCGGUGAGGUUACGGUUAGUAACAACGGUCGUCCAGACUUCCUGGGGGUGUCGUGGCAGCCAGCGGUCGGAGAUGUGGACAGUUACCUGGUCCUACUGAAGGACCGCGACAGGACCGUACACAACCUGGUGGUUUCUAAGGCAAGCCCAGAGUGUGUGUUUAACUCCCUCAAGUCAGGGAGGCUGUACACCGUCUCCAUAGCAACCCGCAGCGGCAGCUUCCAGAACAACACGGUGGUGACGGCUCGUACACAACCCUCCAGUGUCCAGAACCCCAACGCCAUCCACUCUGCCAGGGACGACUUCCUGAAGGUCUACUGGCGCCAUGCGUCCGGAGACCUGGACCGUUACGAGGUGGUCAUUAAGUACAACAACACGGUCGUCCAGAACCAGACGGUGGCGGCUGCGCAGAACGACUGUGUGUUCAGCUCCCUGGUCCCCGGGAGGCUUUAUACGGUCACUGUCAGCACCUGGAGCGGAGAGUACCAGUCCAGUGUUUCUACUGACGGCAGAACGUUCCCCUCUGCGGUGCGGAGCCUGGCCCUGGGUGACAGUGGUACAGGUGAUCUGGUGGUCACAUGGUCUCCAGCGCUGGGGGACGUUGAUCACUACGAGGUACAGAUCCUCUUCAACGACACGCGGGUUUACCCGCCCGUAACCCUGGGCAACGAGGCCCGUGACCACCGCCUGGCCUCGCUCACCCCGGGACGCCUGUACAAGAUGGUGGUGUCCACCUUCAGUGGACCCAACCAGAGACCUCAGUUCAUCGAGGGCAGGACAGUCCCCAGCCAGGUGAGGAACCUCCAUGCCCGGCCAGGGGACCAGGCUGCCAGUCUGAGGGUGUCCUGGACCCCUGGUGAUGGAGACGUGGACAUGUACACCGUGUCCCUAUCCCAGGGAGCACACCUUCUGGAGACCAGACCUGUCCCCAAACACGUCACUGAGCUGGACUUUCAGGGUCUGGUACCAGGACAGCUGUACGGGGUCGAGGUUCAGUCCCUGAGUGGAAUACUGGUCAAUAAUUCAACAACUACUGGACGAACAGUCCCCUCCACAGUGACAGCGCUCCAGGCAGACAGUGACCACACCACCCACAGUCUGACAGUGACCUGGGAGACUACAGUGGGAGUGUACGAUGGUUACAAGAUCCAGCUCCUGGAUGAUGGACGUGACUUAGUCUCUAAUAUUUCCAUGCCCCAGGGCUCCACCAGGCACCUCUUCGACCAGCUCACCCCUGGGAAGUGGUACCGAGUUCGGGUCGUGUCCGUCAGUGGAGGGAUCUACGGCAAGGAGGCCGUGGCUGAGGGACAAACACGUCCAGCUGCAGUCAACGGUCUGACGGUGAUGACUGCCAACACCAGCGGUCUGAGUUUCACCUGGCGCCCGUCCGAGGGCUACGUGGACGGUUACGACCUGUUCCUGUAUAACGUUGACGAGACGUUGCGUGGCCGUCAGACCGUGGAGGCCGGAACCCAGACGUGCUCCUUCUCUGGUCUGGUCCCAGGGACGCUGUACAAGAUGGAGGUGGUGAGCAGGAGCAGAGGCAUGAGCAGUGACUCAUCUAUCCUCGCACGGACAGUCCCAGCCCCAGUGCGCUCUCUCCACGUCCAGGGUGGGAAGCGUACUGACCGUCUCUCCAUCAGCUGGCUGCCUGGGGCAGGGGAGUGGAGUGGGUACCAAGUGGUCCUGUACGGUGGCCUGGAGGGCUCAACCACUACCCUGGCAGCCCAGGAGCUGGGCGUGGAGCAGAGAGAACACCUGUUCCAGGGACUGGUACCUGGCCGUGUGUACCGGGCUGAGGUGGUCACACACAGUGGAGAGCUGACUAAUGCUGUGUCUGCACAGGGAAGGACGGCCCCAGAGCCUCCCUCCAUGGUAUCCUUCAGGGACAUCAGUGGUAACAGCUCUGUAGAACUGACCUGGGAUGGUCCCACCUCUGGUGACUACGACACCUUUGACCUCCAAUGGGCUCCCAGAGAUUCCCUGUCAAUCACAGCACCUCAGCCAACCAGCCGCAUCCUGGAUGGGAUGUUCCCGGGACGACUGUACAACUUCACCAUCCGCACUGUCAGUGGGGGAGGAGUCAAGGGCGGGCCCAUCGCCAACAGUGAGCCAAUCCAGAGGAGCCUCAGAACAAACCCAUCCAGACUGCGGAACAUGCAUUGUUUCCCCCAGAGUUCGUCAUCCAUCUCCUGUUCCUGGACCUUCCCUGACUCCCACUGGGACUCCUAUACCGUGGAGGUGCGUCAGCAGGACAGCUGGGAGCUGGUGUACGCCCUGCGUCUGGCCCGGGAUAGUACCUUACUCAGCCUGGAGAACCUACAGCCUUACAGGAGAUACAACGUGGCUGUCAGAGUGGCCUCAGCUGGACUCAGCAGCCCCGCCGUGGAGGAGAACGUGGUCACCAUGAUCGACCGCCCGCCCCCUACCACAAUACGGGUCAAUGAGAGGGCGGUACGCAUCACCCCCUCCACCAUUUUGUUCAAGUUCAACUGCAGCUGGUUCAGCGAUGUCAACGGAGCCGUCAGGCUCUUCACUGUCAUCGUGGCUGAGUCCAAUGACAAUGAAGUCCUGCAGACAGAGCCUCCACCUCUACCUUCCUUCCAGGACUACAGAACCAACAGCUCCGUGCGGGCCUACCAGACAGGCUACUUUCCCAGUGGCUGUGCCCAGGAACAGGGAAUGGGAGCUGGGCAUGUGUUUGAGGUCAACCUGGCGGGGCUGGAUCGCCUGGGAGGGCCUUGUGAUUCAGAGGAGGAUGAUGAUAACGAUCACAACAGUGAUCUCUACCACUUCUGUGAUGGGCCUCUCAAGCCUAAUACUGCCUACAGAAUCAGUGUCCGUGCCUUCACUCAGCUGUUUGACGAAGACCACAGAGAGUUCCCCCAACCUCUCUACAGGGACACCUUCCUGUCUCAGCCCAUCAGGACACAAGCAGAGCCCCUCAGCGGAGUCAUCGAGGGCAUCAGCGCCGGAAUGUUCCUCAUCGGAAUGUUGAUCGCCGUCAUCUCCCUCCUCGUCUACAGGCAGAGAGUCCGUAAAGUGGCAGUACAGGAGAGCCCAGUGGUACGGAUGAGCAUGUGGAAGCAGGGGCCUACAUCAGGGAUGUAUGUUGGAGUCAGAAGCAAACGACGCAUCUCAAGCCCCGUCAAAGCAGCCCACUUUGAAUCCCACCUCACUAAGCUACAGGCAGACUCCAACUAUCUUCUGUCAGAAGAGUUUGAGGAUCUGAAGGAUGUGGGUCGUAACCAGCCCCUGGAUGCAGCCCGUCUACCAGAGAACAGGGGCAAGAACCGUUACAACAACAUCCUGCCCUAUGAUUCCACCAGAGUGAAGCUCUCCUACCUGGAGGAUGACCCCUGUUCUGACUUCAUCAAUGCCAGUUAUAUACCAGGGAACAACUUCCGUCGUGAGUACAUCGCCACCCAAGGCCCUCUCCCCGGAACCAAGGAUGACUUCUGGAGGAUGGUGUGGGAGCACAACGUAUACAACGUCGUCAUGGUGACGCAGUGUGUCGAGAAGGGACGGGUGAAGUGUGACCACUACUGGCCGGCUGACCGGGAGCCUCUGUACUAUGGAGACCUGGUGGUUCAAAUGCUGUCUGAGUCUGUCCUGGCUGAAUGGACAAUCAGGGAGUUCAAGAUCAGCUCUGAAGGUCGUCCCAGCUUCCCUCGGGUGGUGAGACACUUCCACUACACGGUGUGGCCAGACCACGGGGUCCCCGAGACCACCCAGUCCCUCAUCGAGUUCGUACGGACCGUCAGGGACUACAUCGACAGGGCCCCCAGCACUGGAGCCACCGUUGUUCACUGCAGUGCUGGAGUGGGUCGUACAGCGUUCAUGGUUCUGGACCGGGUCCUUCAACAGCUGGACAGCAUAGGAACAGUGGAUGUCUACGGCUGUGUGUUUGACCUCCGACUGCACCGCUCUCACAUGGUGCAAACAGAGUACCAGUACUCCUUCCUCCACCAGUGUGUCCGAGAUGUCCUGAGAGCCAGGAAGCUCCGUAGUGAGCAGGAGAACCCUCUCUACCCCAUCUAUGAGAACUUCAACCCAGACUACUACCGUGAUUUUGUGUACACGGGACGCUAAGGACAGUCUGGGGUCCUCUCCACACAACUGAGUGAGAAUGAAAACCAGGGAAGAAUCUGUUCAAUACCACCAGACAGCCAUUCUGUCACAACUAAAGCAGCACUAUAGAGUGUGUGUGGGGGGGGGGGUAUAGCUAUUUAUUUUUGAUACACUGUUGGUUCAACCUCUCAGGAUGUCUAUUUAAAAUGGAGCAGAUUGACGUCUGGAAAUAUUGACGUUUCGUUCACUUAUAGCUGAAUCUUAGGUUGCAUUCAAUGAGAUAUGAUUAUAUUGUUUUGCAACCUAAUUGUAAGCGCUUCCAAGAAACAUUAUUCCCUAAACUCAUGCUAUUUCAAUAUUAAUAAUGUCUGAUGAAAAGACAAAAGGAACUGAUAUGAAAAAUAUAGAUAUAAUAGUUCUUAUUCAACGUAAACAGAAAAGAAAGAUGAAUGAAAGCCUUCAGGCGUAGCAAUGAAUGGGAUUCUAUGAGGCGUAGCUUCCCUACAUCACACAGCAUUAUUAUGACAAGGCCUGAAUGCCUAAAAACCUUCCCUGAAGAAACCUUCUCUGCAUCCCAAAUGGCACCCUAUUCUCUAUGUGCCCUAAUCAAAAGAUGUGCACUAUAUAGGGAAUAGGGUGCCAUUUGGGUACAAAGAUCUUUCUGUAUAAUAUGUUCUAAAUCGUAGUUGCUGGUUUGUAGUUAAAAGACGAAUUAACCCGGAGCAGACAGACAGACAGCUAGCUGUCUUGAGAGUAGCUCAUCACAAUGCUGUCUAGAUCCGUGUAUAAAGUAGCAGACCGUCUGUACAGUUGGUUGUGUUGUGAAUAGUCCUCUUAUCUUUAAACAUGGCGUCAGUUCAUGUUGUGUGUGUGUGUACCAUUGAGAUUGUACAGUAGAGCCUGGAGGAGGGAAGAGCAUAUAGUUUGUAUGCCAUCUCAGCUACCUAUGUUUUCUAGGGCAAAGGGAAAACUCGACUGGAAAACAAACGCCAUCUUGUAUUCGGGUGUUUCCGGAAAGAGGUGGUAACCUUUUCUCCAUGGUCUCUCGAACCAAGAUGGAGGGAAUGUUCAUGAGAGAGACUGUAUGGGGUUUUGUACAUUACCUUCUUCAAAACAUCAUG